AUGGAGCGAUGUUUACCUGUAGGUGAUGACCAUCAUGGUCGAGAUAAUAUUCCAUCGCUGCAACAAUCUGUACCAACUUCCGCUGAGGAUUACUUAAUGAACGUUCGGCAUGAAGCAAAUAAUUGUCCAGAUGUUGUCGUUGCUGAAAAUUUCGAUUCUUCACGAUUUAAUUCUAGGCGCACAGUAAACUACACGAAGAGUAGCAGUUUACUACCAACUCCUCCAUCAGAAGAAAUACAAGAUUUUCUAAUUCACACAUUUUCAGAAAAUCGGCAGCCGGCUAUGAAGGAUGAAAAUGGCUGGCUUACUUUUUGCUUAGGAUCAAACAAACAUAGAGGAAAUCCUCCAACACUAGCUUUAUUGGCAAGCAUGAAAUAUGCUGUGUUAAUAAAAGCAUUCGAAAAUUUGACUGAAGGCUUUAAUCAGAAGGAAUUUACAGAUCUCUUUGGACAGUGGCUGUAUGCCCUUUUAGUAUGCGUUGAAAAGCCACUGCUACCGGAGACUACGUCUAUGCUAAGGAUAUUGGCCAGAAAUUGCUCAGAACGUCGUGAAACUCUGGCUACUGAUGAUCACCUAGUGUCCGCAUUAAACCUAAUCAUUGUCAUUGUUGCAAGAUCACUUGAAAUCGGUGACCUCCAAUAUACUGUUGCCGUAACAGCGAUACUUGACGCACAAGACUCAAAAACUUCGGCUUGA